GGCAGUGCUGCUCUUCAGGUGAAGGGAUGCCAGAGGUGGUGGAGGACAACUGCUGUGGGUGUAAUGUGGCUGCCUUUAUGAGAAUGGCCCCCUCAGAGGGGUUAGACCUUGUCUAUGUUACUUAUCAUGUUGAUGUUGGGGAGACACCCUUCUUUGUGGCUCUGGACCAUCGCCGUCGCUCCAUUGUCAUCAGCAUCCGUGGUACUCUGUCCAUGAAGGACGUCAUCACUGAUCUUAACGCUGAGAGUGAACCUCUUCCUAUGGAUGCCAUCAAGGAGGACUGGCUUGGACACAAGGGUAUGGUGUCUGCAGCAGAAUACAUUCGUCGCAAACUUCGUGAAGACAACAUUUUGUCGCGUGCAUUUAGUUUUGAUACAACCCGUGGGACACAAAUGUAUGACCUGGUGUUAGUGGGUCAUUCCCUGGGUGCUGGCACAGCAGCCAUUCUUGCUAUACUCCUGAAGCAAGAACACCCUAACCUCAGCUGCUUUGCAUACUCCCCACCUGGAGGACUUCUCAGUAUGCCAGCAGUGGAGUACACACGAGCCUUCAUCACCUCAGUUGUAGUGGGCAAGGAUGUUGUGCCCCGCAUUGGCCUGCAUCAAAUGGAGUCUAUGAGGGCAGAUCUGAUAAAUGCCAUCCAGCGAUCCAAGGAUCCCAAGUGGAAAACGAUCAGCUCAUCUGUGAGGUGCUGUGGAGCCUGGGAAGACAGUGGAGGGGAAGCAGAGGAGUUCUCCACUACACGAGCAGCUAUGAGGGAUCAUGCCUCACACCCAUCAGAUGCCUCCAUUGCUCUCACCGUCCAUCAACCACUGUAUCCUCCAGGCCGCAUUCUUCAUGUUGUUCGACAUCACCCCGAUAAAAGACAGUGAGUGGCAACUGCUUCUCUGUUGCCUUUUAGUCAUAAUUUAGGUAAUCAUUUAACAGGUUAUUGUUUUUCUACAUGUUGAAAUAUCUGGAAUUUUUAAAUGUAUUAUUUUCUACUUCUUGUCUGACACUGGAAACAAUGGGUCUGACAAUCCAUUCAUGAAGUAUUUACUUAUAUUUGCUCAUUCUAAUGAAUUCUUGAACUAAACUAAGGAACUUUGUAUCUAUACAGAAGAGUCUUUGUUCAGAGCAGCAGCUAUAAACUGUUGCCAGUUAAGAGAGAAAUGUACAUUGAAUGUUAAUGUUUAUGUGUAGGAGGGAUCUUAAGUGUGUGUUUUUUUGUGUAACCGUUUCUCCAUUUCCAAGCAGACCUCAAACACACCAACGUUCAGAAUAAUUAGAUCACAUACUAAAUGAUACUAAAAGCACUACUUUCGUGCUAAGAUGUAUGAUAAAAUACAAUAAUAAUUGGCCCUUUUACUGUCAAAUGACAGGAUGGCUCAUUACCUUCCUCAUAACACCAUUUCGGCACUCGUUGUACCUUUAUAAUUCCUUAUCCUCUCCUGUCUCCUUACUAAUGUCUCGUGUGUAUUCCCCUAUGUAUCUUACUCAAACUCACUCUCUUCAUUUUCACAUCAUCUCUCUUUAUCAUGUCUCUACAACCUCACUGUACCUUUAAUGUUGUCAGUCACACCUUAUGAAAUAUUUUAACAUGCUGUUAUAUCUUUUCUUUUCUCUUAAAACUAUUUGCCUAUUUUUUUGUCAAAUCUGUUUCAUAUUUACUUUACUGUACCUUAUUCUGUCCAUUCUGUUGUUAGAAAAUUCUCAUUCACCAGAGUCGAGUAAUAGUAGUUGUUACAGUACUUCCCCUCCAGAUCUCACCACAACUGAAGGCUUACAAUAUUUAUCUUUUAAUUCAGCAAACAUGUAACAUUUAGCCAUUAAUUGUGUUAACCUGAAAUAGUUCACCUUCAGUUGAGUUAACCUGUAUCAGGUUGCCUUUUUUUCAAACUCUUAUCUCCUUCACUCUCCAGAGUUAUGGGGUCCCAGAAACACUCAGAUCCCCUAAUUAAUCUCAGUCCAGUUUAACAUGACACCUGCAGCUAGACAGCUUAGUAUUUUAAGUAAGCUUUUCCACCUAAGCAUUAGGGUGACCCAUGUAGAAAAUGGACCUCAAGAAAAAACAAUGUGUUUACUAUGGAAAGGGGUGUGAGGGACCAUAUUUUUUUUAUUAGCAGUAUAUUAAAAGUGGGUCAAAAAGAAAUUACAUGUAGUUAAGGUCUAGUAUCAUCCUGCACAGGAAAAUUUUGAUGCUUUCUCCUACACUUGAAAGGCCAGUUCAUAUAUUUUUUUAUUACCUUAUGAUGUUUUGCAUAUGUUUGUCUUUGCACAAUUCGAGUCAGAUGUACCAUUGAAGGUUAGGUAAUAUAUAUAUUUGGCUACUGGCUUUUAAUGGAAACCCUGAGGAAUAUUGUAAUCUGUGAUGGUCUUGUUUAUGAUUGAAAUAUACUUAAAAGAACAUACUGUAUAUAAACAACAUUUAUAAUGAAAGUGUGGUAGAGGAAGAGGUGUGCGGGUUAUGUGUAGAUCAGGUUUUUUGUAUUAAUGAGCAUAAAUUAAAUUUUUUUAGAUAAGCUGAAGAAUUUGUUGGUAGCAUUAUGGAUUCAGAGGAAACACAUGAUAAAGUAGAUAGGAAGGUAAAAUGGAUGUUAUUGAAAAGUUGUGGUAAAUAUGUAAUUUUUUAAUGUGUCCAGUGAGUGAUGCAAAUGUUUAGAAUUUCUCAGGAAGUGGGAAACUGGUCCUUGGUGAAAGUAGGAUACUGUUAUGGUUGAUUAAUUAGUAAUGAAAUGGGUUGUGAAUAGGUGGUGACUCAGGUGAUGUUAAUAGAUGACAACAGUGUUGGGGGCAAUUCAUAGGAAAAGUUACAAAUUCAUGUACUGUAUUUAGGAAUGAGUUUGACAGAGUGUGUAUUAUGUCAAAGCUGAUAGUGAAUGUCAGCAGCAUGCAUGUGUGCUCGCUCGUUCGCUUUUGUUUCUGACUACCCAGCAUUAACUGAAAAAAUGUCUGAAAGAGAGAAAAGAAAUAUUCCGAGCAUACUCAUGAAAGCAUUUUGAUUUAUUUUCUUUGGAAUGUUUAUUAGCCCAAGUGUUUAUUCAUACUUAAAAUUUCAUUAUAAAUUUAUAAAAAGAGUUCACUAACAAAGAAAUUACUGAAAAAAGCAUGACUGCAUAUUUAGUUUUGUGCAUAUAGUAUUAGUAGUUAGUGGUAGCUCCCUUAAGAUACUCCUAUGGUAGCUAUUGGAUAAUAUUAACCACAUUUAUUUGUGUUAACUAAUGCAUCAUCUAAAUGCAGUUUCUUGUGUGUCAGCAUGUCAAAAAGUGAUGGAUAUGUGAAGUGAUAAGAUUUGUUCAACCCAAGUAUUAAAUGUCUUUGUCAAAUUGGCAAAUACCGUAGUUAUUGUAACAGUCCCCCACCCCCCAUUGUCUCCUUUUGUUAAUGUGUUCAGUCCUGCAGUCAUGUCAUGGUGGUUGGAUACAUUACCUUCCUCUGACAUUUUAUUGGUGAACAGUUCUGAACAAAAGCAGUAGCUACCAGUACUUGAGACGACUUUCUAUGCAGUUUUAUUCAUUCUUUUGGCUGACACAUAAGUGCAGCAGUAGGAACCACUUAUUUGAAUAUUACGAUAGGUUGUGUGAAAAACAUGUUUUUUGAAAACAUGAAAAAAUGAGAAAGGAAUGAGUUUGGGAGAAGAAAUGGCAAUUUAUGAAAUAUACUGUAGUGCAGGGUUUGGCAGUUAUACUGUAUAAAUAUAUUUACAUUGUUAGACUUAUGGUAGCACCAUGUUUUAAGUUUUCAGGCCAUAUUAUUGAUUUGUUAUAGUGGGUCUUAGACAUAGUUGUGGUGUAAGUGUCUAUAACAUCUUGGAGGCUGAAUACUUUUGCUUCAUGUGAAAGAAUGGCUUCUGGCUUCCAUUUUUUUUUUUUUUUUAUUAAUUUGAUUGUUUAUCUACUAACAUUUUUAAUAUGUUAAAAUUUAUUUGGAUUUUGUGUGCUUAGUUCACGCUAUGAAGAUGCACUUUAAAUUUCUUUAAUGAAAAAAUAUGAACAUUCAACAAAAUUAAUUCAUUGCAUUAAUAAGCUGCUGUGCUGUCACAUGAUUAAGCAAUGGAUUUCAUUAAUCCUCCAUUUCUUUUUAUCAUAUUGCUAGACACAACAGAUAUAUGAUUUUGCUUCAUAUUUUUUGUAUUUUUUCUUGGGGGCACAUCAGGCAGAAAUAUGAAUCCAGGUGGAGGUAAGUUACAAGCUGUGAAUGAAGAGAGUACAAACAGCAUCCACAUGUUUUGUAUAGUUUAUCAAGACUUCAGGUUAGUGGAAAGUGUUAUACAGUUCAUGCUAACUCUCCAGUAAAGUAUUGUACACGGAGAGUUUUAUGUUCUCCCUCAGAGUACCGGUGAUAUUUUCUAUUGUUUAUUUUGUAGUAAAUUUUUGAGGGAACAAAUAAUCUUAAACUUU